AUGAGGGAAGUACAUUUUCAUGAAGGAGAUGCCGUAUCUUGCUACUCUGACACGACCGUGACGGAAAGUGAUAACUUUAAUUUGAACACAUUUAAUAAUUAUUAUAGUACAAGAAAUAGGAUUGUUGAUGAAGGAUUGGAAAUCGACGAUUAUGAACUUAAAAUCAUAUCUAAUAAUCAAACCAGAAGUUUGAAAUUAUCGAACAUUAGCAAUUUCAUACAGAUGAUUGUUUCUUCACAAGAUUUACAAGAAAUGUUAGGCAUUCAGCGAAUGUCACUAGAAUUGAUCACAGUUCAACACUUAAUCGUAUAUGCAUUUAGUAAUAUGGGGGAAGUUUUACUGGAGCCGGUUAAAUACGUUAAUCAGAUCAAGCUAUUACACUUGGGUAAGAAAUACUCGAUUGAAGAUUUUACAAACAACGGAAAUAUGUCAUUGGUAAAUGACUUAAAGAUCAAAGAAUGUCCUUCAUUUCAUUUAAUCUUGACAGAUGUGCCGCCAAGUCCAUUACCUUUAAUAUCUAAGAAAUUUAUUAUCAUGAAUUUUUUCACUCACGAAGAGUUUACUGGCUCAGUAACAUAUGCUGAGGCGAUCGUUAAAAAGCUUAAGGCCAGUAGGAAUUAUAGACAGUCCUCAGUUGUUUCAAAUACCGAAACUUUAUCUGAUGUUACUAACAUGCAGAGUAAGAUACCCUUAAAGCCAGAAGGUAAAUUCAAAAGGAGGUUGAAGAAACUUUGCAGGCUCUGA